UCCAGGUUAUAUGGAGUACAGGCAUACCUUAUAAUUAUUUCCACACUUGUUAGAUAAUUUCCACUUAUUGCAGGUAUUCUCAUAGAUUAUGGAGGAUUGGCAAAGCUGCAAGAGCUGUAAUUUAGCAGAGCUACAAUUAAUGUUCUUCGACGACGGAACAGGGAAGUUUGUAAAGUAUUGUGAAAGCGGAGGACUCUCGAUUUGUUCUUUUAAUUUCAGCUCAAUCAACCCACUGAAAAAAACCACUUAUUUGGAUUCCUAGCUGCAGGACCCCAUUAACUGCAGCAAUGUGUUGGACUAUAUAUAAGCCGGUUGGAAGCGUGGUCCUAGAGAACAGUACAGUAAGCCACGAUGAAGAACACCGAGCCGAGGAAACCGAUCAAGAUGGAGGACUUUCUGCGGCCGCAAAUGUUCCAGCAGUGGACCCGGAUGGUGCACUUCGCCUGGAAGCGAGAUGGGUCCAAUCGUCUGGUAAAAUCAUCCUCGAUUGGCUUCUGGAUAUCAGCGGCUUUAAAUCUGGUGUUCUUUGCGUUCAACGGCUGGGACAUUAUCGGCCAUCUGAUGAUGGGCGAGCCCACCAAUCAGAACCCGCCCGUGUUCUGCAUUACCAUUUACUUUUCGAUCCGGGGACUGAUGCUCUUUUUGAAGCGUAGCGAGAUCGUCAACUUUGUCUACGCAUUGGAUCGGGAGUGUCCCGUAGACAUUGACAAGCAGCAUGAAAUACGUCUGGAGCGCACUUACAGCUCUUUCUGGAUGCGCUAUCGGUUCCUGCGGGUCUAUGCUCAUUUGGGAUUGCCCAUGUUCUGCUGUCUGCCGCUGGCCGUCUAUCUGCUGACCAACGACGGCCUCGGGGCGCCUAUCACCCAGCACCAGCAGCUGCUCGGCGGUUGGAUGCCAUUCGACGUGAGGAGGAACCCCAGAUUCUACCUUCUGGUGUGGUUAUUCGAUGUGUCGUGCACUGCCUGUGGGGUCUCCUUCUUCCUGACCUUCGACAAUCUGUUCAACGUGAUGCAGGGACACCUGAUAAUGCAUCUGAAUCACCUCUGCAGGCAACUGGAGGCCAUCGAUCCCGCAGAAAGCCUGACCAAUGAAGUUGAGUUCUUCGACGGUCUAAGGACUCUAGUUCAGCGCCAGCAGCUCCUGAAUCGUUUGUGCGGCCAAUACAAUGAUAUCUUCAAGGUGGCCUUCUUGGUUAGCAACUUUAUGGGGUCCGGAUCGCUCUGCUUCUAUCUAUUCAUGAUCGCGGAGACGACGGAUCUAUUCAUGAUAAUUCAGUACAUUCUGCCCACUAUGGUUCUAGUAGCCUUCACCUUUGAGAUCUGUCUGCGCGGUACCCAGCUGGAGGAAGCGUCUGCCCGCCUGGAGUCAUCGCUGAGACACCAGACCUGGUACAUGGGCAGCAGUAGGUAUCGCAAGUUCUUUCUUCUGUGGCUGCAGUACUCCCAGCGCACCCAGAAGCUCGGGGCCUUUGGAUUGAUCGAGAUCAACAUGGUGCACUUUACCGAUAUCAUGCAGUUGGCCUUCAGACUCUUCACAUUUCUAAGAUCGCAGUAGGAAAUUCAUCUUUAAUAACGGAAUUCCAUCAAUUCUGUAGUGAAGUAAGUCCCAAGCAACACACACUGUUAUCUUACCCUUUUAGAGGGACCUGUAGUUUUCCAAGCGAACAAGAGUGUAAUAUGUUGUAGA